UGCUUCUCACUGGGGCCUUCGGGGACUUGCUUUUCAAAGGGCUGAGACAAGUCACUAUCACUGAAGAGGGCUGGAGGGUUUCGGCGUGGACACGUAAUGGUGGGGCGCCGUGGUAAGGAGUUCAAUGCUGACUCUCCUGCCGGGUGGCUGUUGGUCUCUGGGCUGCUAGAUCUACUUCCUGAAUGCGUGAGUUAAGAUCCCCAUGUGUGAAAAUGAAGCCCCAGGUCACCAUGCUUUGCUGUUUAGUGGUUUUUCUGACCACAGGAUGUUCUUACUCUAAACCCAAGACUCACAAAAAAGACAAAGAUAAACUUCAAAUAUCUCCAGGGAAGCAUGAGUUUAGAUGGAUACAAGAUAAAUGCAACGAGCCUUGCAAAUCUUCUUCCAGCUGUAGCCAGAGCUGUGCUCAGGGUUUCAAUGGAGAGAUAGUAUCCACAUGUAAUGAAAACAAAUGGCAAAGGACAAUUGAAACAUGCACAAGCCUCUCUGUGGACACCUUGUUUAAGCACAGAAAUUCUCCAUCUACCCUUUCCGUAGCAUCGUUUAAUAUUCCCAUGAACUUCAUGGACAAUAGGGCACCAGUCCGUAUUGGGAAUUUAUCUCAAGGAAUCCAGCAUUACUGCCCUGAGGACUACUUCUGCAUAGUUGAUGCCAUAAAUACUUCUGAAGUCACGUCUGGGAAUAUUGCAUUCAUAGUCGAGUUGUUAAAAAACAUCUCUUCAGACCUGCAGACUUAUGGAAUACAUGCUAAUGUGACUUGGGAGAAAAUGAAGAAUUACGGGAAAAUGGCCAACCACAUUCUUGCCACUGCUGCCAUUCCCAACUGGGCUUUCAUUCCCAACAAAAAUGCCAGCUCAGAUUUGCUCGAGUCAGUGAACUCUUUUGCCAAGAAACUCCAGAUCCAAGGUAAAUCUGAGAGCAUUGUAGAUGAACACUUCAUUCAGACAAAAGGCUCUCGAAUCUCUCACAGUACCCCAGAGAACAGAUUCAACCUCUCCGUACCCAUGUACAAUGCCACAGAACAUGUCUUAGUGCUGAUAGAAAUACCCAGGCAAGCACUCCUCAAGCUGUCACCCAAUGCCUCCCAGGCCAUUGGCAUAGCUUUUCCAACUUUGGGGGCCAUUCUGAACGAAGUCCAUCGGCCAAAUAUGAAUCUCCAAAAGCCCAUAGAUGAUCUGAUCCUGUCACUGGUUUUGCCAGAAGGUCUGAAUGAAAUCAUACUCACCUUUGAUAACAUCAAUAGGUCCCGGAGCACCGGUGGCCAGUGCGUCGGCUGGCAUUCCGAAAGAAGGCAGUGGGAUGAGAGCCCUUGUAAAAUGAUGCGGGGCAUCACCAGCACAGUGAAAUGCCAGUGUAAAUACACCAAAGCUGUGAUGUCCUUCUCCAUUCUCAUGUCGUCCAAACCUGUAAGAGACAAUGUUCUGAAAUAUAUCACUUUCAUUGGACUCAGUGUCUCCAUCUUUAGCUUGGUGCUCUGCCUGCUCAUCGAAGCUGUGGUUUGGUCUCGGGUGGUUGUGACGGAGAUAUCGUACAUGCACCACACCUGCAUCGUGAACAUUGCUGUGUCCCUCCUGAGCGCAAAUGUGUGGUUCAUCAUUGGCUCCAACUUUGAUGCAAACAUUCAGGAGGAUCACAAGUGGUGUGUGGCUGUGACAUUUUUCAGCCACUUUUUCUUCCUCUCUCUGUUCUUCUGGAUGCUCUUCAAAGCACUGCUCAUCGUCUACGGAAUACUGUUUGUCUUCCGCAGGAUGAUGAAGUCUUGUAUGAUGGCCAUUGGCUUUGCCAUUGGCUAUGGGUGUCCCCUCGUGAUCGCUGCUGUCACGGUUAUUGUCACAGAGCCUGGGGAAGGCUACACCAGAAAAGAUGCCUGCUGGCUUAACUGGAACCAAACCAAAGCCCUGUUUGCUUUUGCCAUCCCAGCCUUGGCCAUUGUGGCUGUGAAUCUCCUUGUGGUUCUGGCAGUUGCUAUCAACACACAGAGGCCUUUGAUCGGCAGUUCAAAAUCUCAGGAUAUGGCCAUACUUAUCAGGAUCAGCAAAAAUGUUGCCAUCCUCACCCCUCUUCUGGGACUGACCUGGGGUUUUGGGAUAGCAACCCUGCUGGAAGGCACACACUUGGCCUUCCAUAUAAUCUUUGCCUUGCUUAAUGCUUUCCAGGGCUUCUUCAUCUUGCUGUUUGGUACCAUCAUGGACUACAAGAUAAGAGAUGCGCUGAGGAUGAGGGUAUCUUCAUUGAAGGGGAAAUCGAGGGCUGCAGAGAAGGCAUCAUUAAGUCCAGUCAAUGGAUCCAGAGUGCUGAAUCGCUGAGACUAAAAUAGACGUUCUGCUUGCUGGGAUGGAGAGGGCUCCAAGGAGGAUGCACAAACGUCCCUGGAAUGAAGUGACAUCCUCUUCCAGCCAGGAGCGCUACCUAAGCUGGAAAACUAACUGAGGUUCAUAGCGGCUUUUAAAAAGACUGACCCGCUGACUCUGGUCCGACAAAGGCUGACUUUCUGUUUCACCUCGGCAAGAUGCACCAUCCAGCUGCAAAGCAUUGUACAGUUCCCUUGAUGAGCCCAGGGCUGGUGGGUGGCCUGUGGACUUGCCUACUUUCCCUCAGACUGCUCUGUGGCUCUAUAUGCAGACAUCCUCCACACUGAGGUGAUCCCGGGUGUCUGGGCCUCUCACGUCAGAAUCACUCACUGUCAGUGGUAGGAUUGGAGGUCGAAUGUGAGAGGUGCGAUAUCUACUCCCCAAAGAUGGUGGGUGGGUGUUCAGUGUGCUUACUGUCUUAGUCCUUGAGUAAAACAACCUGGCUUGUAGCUUGUAGGAUCUCAGCUUUUUCAGUUGUGGGACAGAAACAAUGCUGUCACAGGUCACAUGUGUAUAUGUCUCUCUUUAAGUAACUGUAAGUAAAGAGCUUUCAGGGUGUUAU